AUGUCCGCAUCCUCCCCCAGCGUCAUCUCUGCCUCCGCCACCUCGACUACCAACUCUGAUCUCACAUCUCACGCACACGCUACUCCCUCCUCCAUGAAAAUGCCGCCGCCAUUGGCGCCCUCUUCGAACACCAACGCCUCCGCAUACCCUCAUCCCUCCGGCCCGGCGGCGGCCCCGCAACCUUUGCACACCAGCGUCCUGCCCAAACUUGAUCCAGACUUCGUACGCCUCUACAAUGAACAUAUCGCCAACGGCCCGGCGCCACCCACGGACAUAAACAUUGUGCGCCAGAACUACAGCUCCCUGUACAGAUACGCCACGCAGAAUCCCAGUGGUGUUGGCGGCAUUGGCGAGACCGUGGUGCCCGGCUGGGACAAGUAUCCUGGUGAGAUUGGCGUGAGGGUCUAUGUACCGCCAGGCGAGCCACAAGGCGUGCGGAAGGUGUGGCCGGCGCACUUCAAUUUUCACGGUGGAGGCUGGGCUGUUGGCGACCUCGAAACCGAUGCACACAUCUGCCAUCACAUCUGCGCCCACGUCCCGUGCUGCGUCAUCGAUAUCGACUAUCGUCUCAUCCCCGAAUAUCCAUUUCCCAUUGGCAUCAUGGACUCCCUGACCGCCGUCUUGCACAUCCUCAACAACCACAAGACCUUCAGCAUCGACCCGGAGAACGUCACAUUUGGCGGAGAAAGCUCCGGCGCCACUAUUGCCCUCAUUCUGAAUCACAUGUUACGCGACUUUGGCAUGAGCGACCGUCUGAAGGGCGUCGUUGUUGGCACGCCCACCAUCAGUGACGUACGGAAGUACGCCACCCCCGAGAUGAGUCCCUGGCCAAGCAUGCAAGAAAGCCAGUACGCGCCGUUGCUGAAUUGGGAAAAGCUGAAGUGGUUUGACACUUUCAAAUGGAUGAGCCUGGGCAGUAACGCUGGCGUCAGCCAGAAGGAGCAGAAGCGAGACAUCAGCUGGUUUGCCGAUGCCAUGAAUGCGCCCAGCUUUGAGAAUUUGGCGCCUUUGACGUGGGUAGCUACAGCCGAGUGUGACCCGUUAAGAGACGAGGCCGAGGCGUAUGCCGAAAAGUGCAAAGAGGCUGGAAACAAUGUGCUGCUGAAGAGGUUUCCAGGGGUGCCGCAUCCGUUCAUGCAUAUGGACCGUGUCCUGAAGCAGGGACGCGAGUAUGUCGAGGAUGUCAUCACCCAUGUGCGGACAUGUUUGUGGCCGGAUUUGUCCAAGCAUCCGAACAACCUGCCAAAAGGUGGUCCACAGCCAGAGGAGAAAACGUCGACCUGCCAACCGGAGCGAGCAGAGCCACAAGGUCUGCAACAGAAUGGUUUCACCGGUACCCAGAAAGAGGACGAGGACAUGAACGAUGUGCCUACCGAUGCUUCAGCCUAG